GUUUAGUAACUGACUGACCUUUGGGGUGGGUGGUGCUGCUGUCUCUCUCUCCCGCACAUAGUUACAGAGGCGAGAUGAUUGUGGAGGUGUUGCUGUUAGUGUUCCUGGCUCUCCUUGCUGUCUAUUUCUUCCACAAACCUGCUAAAAAUCUUCCUCCAGGACCCUUCAGUUUACCUAUCAUUGGGAACCUAAAACUUCUUAUGGUCGCAGAGGACGUUCGUAAACUCCGUAAGACAUAUGGGGACAUCUUUAAAGUGAGAGCUGGAUGUGUAGAUAUGACUUUCAUCUGUGACUUUAAACUGGUGAAAGAAGCUUUUUCCAAGAUAGAAUGUACUGAUCGUCCCCACUGGGAGCCCUUUCAUUUCCUUACUGAUGGAAAGGAAUCAGGCGUGAUAAUGACUAAUGGACAACAUUGGCAGAAUGCACGAAGGUUCUUGCUACGUAAUCUGAGGGACCUGGGGAUGGGAAAAUCUUAUCUGGAGGUUCCCAUACAGGAGGAGGCACAGAUGCUGGUCAAUGAUUUCCGGAAAUAUGAUGGCAAGGCAGUUCCUCUGCCCAACUCUAUUAACAUAGCAGUUCUCAAUGUUAUCUGGCAACUUGUGGCAAGUCGUCGCUAUGAGCUGGAUGACAAGGACAUCACUUCCUUUAUUGCACUCAUAAAAUCCUUUCAAGAAGACAUGAAUCCUUUUCUUCCAAUCUUCUUUCCUAUACUAAAUUAUUUCCCAAGAUUUCUCACAAGAAAGCUUCUUAAACUUGAUUUAUUAGACAAGGUUAAACAGAAUGCCUUGAGACUCAUGGGGGGUAUUAUAGAGUCUCACAAAGCCAAAUUGGACCCCAGCAAUCCACGUGACAUCAUCGAUGAAUAUCUUCUCGAGAUGAACAAGAAAAGUGACAUUGCUUCAUUUUUCAGUGAACUGGAUCUGAUAAGAAACAUAUUUGACUUGUUCUCUGCGGGAUUUGACACCACUUCUAACAUGCUACGCUGGAUGUGUUUAUACAUGGCUGCCUACCCAGAUGUUCAGAAGAGUGUGCAGAAAGAGAUUGAUGAUGCAGUUCCCAGAGACAGGUUACCAUCACAACAGGAGAAGCCACAGUAGGUAGACAUUUAAUAG